AUGUUAGAUUUGCGAGUGUCUGACCACACUGCCAUGCCCGAAAAGUCUUACACAAAAACAGAAAUCGAUGUACCUCGUGGAGGUCAAUCGUUAAAUCAAUAUUCUGAGGUUGGUGAAGCCAUGGAAAGUCCAAAUGGAUUCAGACUCGUAGUGCAAAUACGUGUGCGCGAUUGUUGA